UCGUUUGGAGGCGCGGUCGUGUCGUCUGCUCGUCGCCGUCGACCGUGCGCGCCGCUCGAGGUAUCAGAUUCUAUUGUGCGCUCAGCUGUGAUUGUGUGUAUGUUCCUUGCUGCCAAGGAGCGACGACACGAGUGGCACGAGAGUGAUUCCGUAACAGACGUCAACAUCAUCAACAGUUCAAUAUUCUAACCAAGAAAAAAGAAGGCGAAACAUUUUGUGUGCUAUCACGAGUUUAUAGUUGGUGAUCUUCUCCAAGUCGUUCAAACUGUGGUGCAGCAUGGAACCGCCUGGCGGGAGGGACUCCCGAUUCAACCUGAGCUACAGCAUGAACCUGCUGUCGGGCGAAACCGCGCCUGAGAUCUACGGUAAUCCAAACGCCCUGGGCCGGCCGUCCACCAGCUUGCAGCAGUUGUCACCGCGGCAUACGAUGGUGCCGAGUGCGUGCGGUGGCGGCGGGCGAGUGGCAAUCAAGUCGGAUGUUUGUUAUGACGAUCGAGGCAUGACCUCGCAGGCGAUGGGCCUGGAUGCUUGCGGCGUGCAGGACAUGAACGAUGACACCUAUGGUGCGCUGCAGGUUAAGAAAUCGCCGCCCAGCAACGGCAAGAAAACCAAGGGCCGUGUCAAGAUUAAAAUGGAGUACAUCGAGAACAAGCUGCGGCGGUACACCACUUUUUCCAAGCGAAAGACCGGCAUUAUGAAGAAGGCGUACGAGUUGUCGACGCUAACCGGCACGCAGGUGAUGCUGUUGGUGGCAUCGGAGACGGGCCAUGUGUACACCUUUGCCACACGAAAGCUGCAGCCGAUGAUCACUUCGGAGGCGGGCAAGGCGCUCAUCCAGACGUGCCUCAACAGUCCCGAUCCACCAGGGGGCGCUUCCGGCGGCGAUCAACGCAUGUCCGCCACCGGCUUCGAGGAGACGGAGCUCACCUACAACAUCAGCGACGAUGAUUCGAAAGAUGAAAACAUGUCGACGGUAGAUUCAUCCGGCGAUAGCAGUGAUGGCGAGUGCGGCGAUCAGGAGCAAGAACUUCGCAUCUCGACCACCACGUCGCCCAUCAUCGCACAAUCGUCGAAACCAACCGCCUCGCAAACAGUUACAUCAUCCGGACAAAAUCGUACCUUGUCAUCGAGCACUUCCAGCAGCAGGACUACCUCAUCUACUUCAGUGACACCGUCUUCAGAGGGUAGAUCCACAUCGACAAAUACACCAGUACAAGGAUCAUCGACAGUUUCCAGUUUAGGUUCAGCUGGGGGAGGAGGUGGUGGUGGUUCAUCAAACGGUAAUAAAACUAAUGGUACUUCUACUAGUAGUAGCUCAACAGUGACUACUACACCUAUUAUUUCGCCCUUGUUGUAUCAAACCCCGCAGGGUGUCAUGUACGCAACCCCUUCGAGCAACGGAAUGAUAUUUAGUUUAGCGAAUAGUGGUGAUCCCACACUUGGGCAGUUCAUCACGAUACCGUUAUCUCUGAUGGCUGCAGCUAACGGUCAGGGCGAGCUGGAUUUGUCAAAGCGGAAGUGACGCGCACCUAGGACGUGUUUCCGAUUUCCGCGCGUGCAAGCGUGCUUACCUUUCCGGCAUCGAUGAAAAAACCGUACGGUGAUUAAUAUGCUAUCAGAGACCAACACAAAAAUAAAUUUAAAUAUUUCUUUCACCUACAACAAAGAAUUUUAUCAAUUUUAAUCAACAAUUUUGAAAGAUAAGUUUAAGCGUUAGACUUAUGACCAAAACGGUGAGAAAAUGGCGCUUAUUUAUAAAAAAGUGUGUUUGUGUGUAUUUCGGGAGCGGCGGCUUGGCCCCCGGCCAAGAGUUACAUACGCGAUAGUAAACCGAAGGCGCCGCCCGGUUUGUGAUCAAGAGUGCAUGAGGAUUGGGUUUUGAAUGAUACAGAAUGUUACAGGAAAUGAGUCGCAAGUGUUUCAUGUUUCAGUUUUUGGUUGAAAUUCCAAUUUGAACAGAAAUAGAUUUAAGCAAUAUAAAAUCAAGAUCAGAAAUAAAAAUAGAUGCAUGUGUGACUGUGAAUGUGAUUAAAGUUUGUCGUUUGUGAUUCAUUGCAAAAUUUCUGCCAAAUUAGAAUACGGCUUUUUCAUUCGGGAAGUUGAAUAAUAAUUAUUCUAUCCGGAACGCUCACAGCAUCACCUUUUGCAUAAAAUCGCGUUAAUUUGUUAAUUAAAUUACUAGCGAAAGCAAUUAAACGACGUGGGGCUAAUUAGCCAUCCAUCAUGUACAUAAUUUUUAACGUAUUCAGCGCCAAGGAUUGAAUGAAAAUGUAAAAUCGGACAGGCGGAACAUUUGAAAAUAUUUUAAGCCGCAGGGAAUUAUUUUCUCAAUGAAUUUUAUUAUACUUAUGUCGUAUACAGCGUCGGGAUGAAAUAUACACAAUUAUAGUCUAAAACAAGAACAAUUUAAAAAUAGAAAUUAACUAUGGCAAAAGAAACACGUGUUGAAGAUCACUAUGAACGUAUAUUAAAAUCCUGGAAAUUGCGAGUCUGAUAUUUUGUUUCUGAACCAAAUGGAAGUGAAUUCGUGUGUACGGUGAGUAAGUUUCUUGUAGAUGGAAUUUAAAAUAGUUUUUGGUGUAAAUAACCUAUUUUUGAACGUAUAGCAAUAUAUUACGCAAAACUUGCUAUACAUUUAACAUCCCGCGCGUACACUGUUGCCUAAACUAAAAAUAUGCGCCGGUAUUUACACGAUUUGCGCUAUUUAUAAUUACGCACGCUUAAACUGGGCCUACUACUUGUAUUAUUGACAAAUCCAGUCUUCUAUACUCUACAACUGACCGAAAAUAUUCACGAGUACUUAACUUUUAAAAAAAUUACAGAAUACAGAGCAUGAAAAUACCAAAUAAUACAGUGUAAUAUGGUUUAAAUAACGAAAAGACGACUGAACGUAUCUAUAUUUGUAGAAUUAUAUUGUUUUAAAUAAUUUUCAUCAAUUUGCUAGUCACUUAACGUAUCGUAUGCGUACAUAGUUUAAGUUGAUGAAUGGUUCAUUUUUAUUUGUUUUUUUUUUCUGACACUGUGACUUAUUGAGUAUGUUUUAUGAACCAUUCGGAUCAAAUUUGAAGGGAGGAAACGAGUGCUGUGUGUUUUAAUACGAUUUUGUUCGUUGCUGUUAAUUGGUUAAUAAAUUGUAUUAAUAUAUAGUUGAGAGAGAUGGAGAAAUGCCUAGAGCAAGUGCCUUUUUGAGAAAAAGGAAGACUAGAAUGUAAUUAAAAUUUGGGAUAAUCAAAUUUAAGUUUGCACAAAUUUUCAGAAAAGAAUUGUAUUUACGAGUGAAAAAUUUAUCUCGUAGAGUGGUGGAUAAAUAAUUUUUGUUCGGAAAGUAUGGAAUGAGGGUAUUGCAAAACAUAUCCACGAAUUAUUAUAUUUUCUAUUCAUUUAAGAAAGCACGAUUAUUUUAGGAACAAAUCCACUGCCAAAUAUUGAAUUCAACAUUCUGCACGAACAAAUUUUUAGUAUGGGAAAUGCAAAAUGCUCAAUACAAAGUACAUAAUUGGAAUUCAAACCUAAGCUGUAAAUAUUUCAUAUUAAUUUACAUUUACAACUUAAACAAAACAAGUGCUACAUAUAAGGAUGUAAGAAUGCAUAAUAAAACCUUACAUAUAAUAUUGACAUGAAAUGUAAUAAUUUUUGUAAAAUUGCUUUAUUUAUAAAUAAAACUAUUUAAUGGAAA